UCGGUGCUUUAACAAUAAUUCAUACACAUAUAUAAUGUAUAUAUAUAGAUUAUUGAUAAUAUGUUUUACUUUCAAUUCUAAGUAAUAUUUUACAGUUUAAAAUUUGAUCAUUUAUUAUAAUUACCCAUGCACAUGCAGACCAUCGAUUUGUUGAUUGGUGAUCAUGACGCCCAAGAAGCUGGUGGGAUAAUAAUAAACACUAAUCCUGUAAACACAACUGGAUUCACACCUAGAGAUGUUCUAGAUCUCAUUCUUCAAAACGACAACAGUACUGGAUCAUUAAAUCACAUGAUCAAAAUGAUCGAAACGUUUCAAAAGGCAGGAGCACUCAAAUCCAACCAAAUCGCCAUUAAUAAAAAAACUCAAACAGUAAACAAUAUUAAUAAUAAUAAUAAUAAUAAUAAUAAUAAUUCUAAUUCUAAUAAUAAGUGUACCUCUUUUCGAUUUAUAAUAACCCUUUGGAGAGAACUAACUAAAGAAAUCGAAGAAUCCUCCAUAGAAACCCAAAACGCACUUAUGGUGGUUGCCGUUUUGAUAGCAACAAUGACUUACCAAGCCAUACUAAGCCCUCCAAGUGGCUUCUCUAAUAAUACACCAGUUGACUAUUACUCCAAAAACGACGCCGUUUUAAUAAAUACGAAAAGUGCACUUAACGUUGGGGAAGGAGAAGCAGUUAUGGCGAGUGAUCCACACGUGUUUGUUAUAUUUACUGUGUUUAAUGCGAUUGGGUUUUUUGCUUCUCUUGGGAUGAUUUCUGUGCUGACAAGUGGGUUUCCUCUACGGGCUGGGCUUAGAUUGGCUAUACUUUCCAUGGUGGCCACAUAUGUUAUAGCAGUUUUCUAUGAGGCUCCCACUAAGAUGAGGACUGUUUUUGUUGUGCUGUGGUUGAUGGGUCUUGUUGUUCUUUUUGAGCUUGGGAGGUUUGGCUUUUGGUUGCUUAGAAAAUGUGGUAUUCUCAAAUUUAGUAGAAGAUCAUCACCACCUUCACUUGACGGUUAUCCUCAUGAUCAGCAAAACAAUCAUCACCAGUUAGACUUUUGAAUCUAUCUAUCUACUUUUUUUUUUCUUAUAAAAAAUUGAGUUUUAUGAAAAAUAAAUAAAUGUACUG